GGCAUCCUGGGCUUGGCCCUCUUGGGGAACAGCAGACGUGCUGAGCACUGGCCAUCCCAUCGCCUCCCUCUGUUGGCCAGCCGGGACACCCCUCCACCAUGGAAGGAAUUAUGGCAUCCCAAGAGCCUCGCGUUCAGGAGCUGAUCACCGAGUUGAGAGAUCAGAUGACUGGAGCUUACUUCAAAUACAAGGGCAUCAAUUUCCCUGUGGGCCUCUAUGCCCCAGAGACCAUAAGCUAUGUUGAGAAGGACUUCAAAGUCAGGGAUGAUGACAUCUUCAUUGUCACCUACCCCAAGUCAGGUACCACUUGGAUGAUUGAGAUUCUGAGCCUAAUGCUGAAGGAUGGGGAUCCUUCUUGGUCGCGCUCAGUCCCCAACUGGGAGCGGGCUCCCUGGUGUGAGACUGUCCUGGGCUCCUUAUCCAUCAUGCAGAUGACCAACCCCCGCCUCAUCACCUCUCACCUCCCCAUCCAGCUCUUCCCCCGGGACUUCUUCAACUCCAAAGCCAAGGUAAUCUACGUAAGCCGCAACCCCCGAGAUGUCCUGGUUUCCCUCUACCACUACUACAAGAUCGCUGGACACCUCAAGGACCCAGGGAGCCUAGACCAAUUCUUGCAGGAUUUUCUCAAUGGAGAAGUACAAUUUGGCUCCUGGUUUGACCACAUAAAGGGAUGGAGGCGAAUGGAGGGAAAAGACAACUUCUUGUUCAUCACUUAUGAAGAACUGCAAGAGGAAAUUGUCCAUCUCUCCAGAGAGAACUGGAUUCGGGGGUCCCCUCUGAGGCAGCCUGCAGGACUGCUCACCGCCUGGCCAGCCUGUUUGUCACCUCCCCAUGCUUCUGUCCCUCCAAAGUCUGAAGUGAAAAGGGAGAAAAGGGGUCCGCAGCCCAGCAAAGGAGAGGCUUGCCCCCAAAUAACCCAUCUCACAGCAGGAAGAGUCAGCUAGUGACUCCUGGGGGCAGCCCUACUUGCAGACUUAGUGAGGAGCUGCCGUCCUCCCUUCCACAAGGCACUCUGAGCAUGUCCAACACAGCGUCCACAGAAAAAGGGCUUCCUUCCCUGCCCUGGUCUUGGAAGUCCCUGGAUUACCAUACCCCCGCAUACACAUGGAGAAAGCAAACACAUCUAAUGUAGGGAUGGCACAUGCCCUAUUCUACACCCGCAGUCCCCCACGUCUCUCUCUUGAGAGCAAGAAAGUGUGCUCAUGUACAUGAGCUUAGCUGCUUCUGUAAGGCUGGUUUUCACUCAUUACUGUAGCUUUUGGCUAUGUUGUUCUCUUGGGUCAGACUUCUUUGCAGC